AUGGCGUGGGCGUCGGCGCGCGCGGGCGCCGAGGCGUUCGGAAUCGCGCGCGUGGACUCGACGAAUCGCGCCUUCGUCGACGGUGUGACGGCUCGACGGCUCACCGCGCGCGGUGCGAAUGCGUACUCGUUGAGGUACGAUUGGUUGGGGAACGCGAAGGAGAAGGAAAAGGCGGAGAAGACGAUGGACGACGCGAUUGCGCUCGGAAUCGACGUAAUCAGGACGUGGGCGUUCAUGGACGGCGAUGAGAGGUCGUUCGACGGGCGCGCGAUGCAGCCGAGACGAGGAGAGUUUGUGGAGAAGAAUUUCGUCGCCUUGGAUGAAAUAUUAGCGCGAGCGAGGGGGAAGGUGCGAUUCAUUCUCACCCUGACGAAUCACUGGGAAGACUACGGCGGGAUCGAUCGGUACGUUCGAUGGGCGAAAGAGAGCGGCGACGCGCCCGAGAUUCACCGUCGAGAAGAUUUUUACUCCUCACCGACGUGUCGGAAAUACUUCGAGGACUUUAUCAGGAAAAUCGUCGAUCGAGUGAACACGGCGACCGGCGAGCAUUAUCGCGACGAUCCGAGCAUCUUUUCGUAUCAGCUGAUUAACGAACCGAGGAUAUCUGGCGACGCCAAGGGCGACAUCUUCCACGCCUGGUCCACCCAUUUCGUCCAGUUCAUAAAAGAUUUCGAUCGCGGGAACCAUCUCGUGAGCGUCGGGACGGAGGGAUUUUUCAUCGAAGGCGACGGAUCGGAUCUGAAUCCGUUCAACGGCGCCGAGCGACAAGGAGUGGAUAUGACGCGAUUACUCGGAUCGAGCGUCGAUUUCGCGUGCGUACACGUGUGGGCGGAUGAUUGGAUGGAUUCGGACGACGAGAGUAAGUUUCGGUUCCUCGAUCGAUGGGUUCGCGAGCAUCUUCAGCGCGCGACGCGCGCGAAUAAGCCGGUGAUAUUCGAAGAGUUCGGAAAGAAGCGUCCGAUCGCCGUUCGCGACAUGUUUUUCAAUCGCGUAUUCGAGCUCUUGCGCGUCGAAGACACCGAUCGAAGCUCUGGAGCGCUAUUUUGGCUCUUCGCCCCGGACGAGGUCCCGGAUUACGACGGCUUCACCGUCCGCUCGCCGAGCGACUCGAGCACGCUGGACAUCGUGCGACGAGAGAUCGCUUCGAUGCGCGAAUUCGUCGAAAAUCGUUCGUCCAGGGACGAUUCUGGAAUGGUAUCGCCACCACUCGCGCCACCGCCGCCGUCGCCGAUGUCGAUGCCGUCUCCGAGAGAUCCAGACGGUGAAGACGACGACGACUUUGUCGAUUUCGAAUCCGACGGCGGAGACGACGACGAUCCAUCAAAUGAAUCCUGGUCGACCCAAGACGAUGUCGCGGUGCGAACGAGCGGUGUUGUUUUGUCGUACCAGUGUCGCAUGAUUUCAUCGAACGCGCUCGAGGGACACGCGACGUACGGCGAUCACGUAUCGAUCGAGCUCGCGAUUGAAUCGACGCGCGAGCUGGACGUUCGAGUCCAAUUCAUCGACGACGCGCGGGAUAAGAUGACGCUGACGAGUCUGAAAACGACAUCUUCGUCAUCGUUCACGACGCCAGAGACGAUCUCGACGACGCACGUCGUCACCAGACGCCUGGGCGACGGCGGCGUGUACGUGAAAGAGGGACCAAUGAAGUUCAGAGUCUUCCUGAGCGUCGCCGAUUCCGCGACGGAGGUCUUCGUCCUCGACGCAGUGACGAUGGGAACGACCAUCGUAUUCGAUUCCGCCGCGCCGUUCGUCGUCGACGCGUUCCUUCGACCGUACAGGUCCACCGUGGACGGCACUCUGAGCUUCACAGUGAACUACGGCGACGUCGCCGUGCUCUACGUGUCGUUUUCGGAACCCGUUACCCCGCCAGAGGUCGUCAUGAACGGUCGUUUGGCCUUCAUAAGCGUCGCGAGUUCGCUCGGUGACGCGUACUAUGCAUAUGUUGAGAUCACGCGCGGCGUCGACGCUCCCGGAACGGAGCUCACGUUUGAAAUAGUCUCCGCGCUCGAUCGCGCGGGAAAUCGAUGCUUCACGUGCGAGAACGCCCCCGUGCGAACCACCGACGCGAGCUCGCUCAGGGUUGUCGAUGGGUGA